UCUUCCUCUUCAUCAUGAUGAUCAAUCGGUCUGCAGCCAUGGCUCUGCUUCUCCCUCUCUUGCUCGUGCUAUUCUUGGCCACCAGUGGUCAAGCCAACGCCGAUGAACCGUCAACAUCACAUAGCAAGAGCUAUGAAACCUCGAUGGGGCCAUCGGCAGCAACUGGCGGUCACCGUCACCGGGAGAUCAAGAUUGGUCCAUGCUUCCCAAGCAGAGACAGCAAUGCUCUCUCCGACAAAGGCAAUGCUCCCUCCUGCAUCAAGCGAUGCACGAGCAAAGGCUAUGCUGGUGGGCGCUGUGACACUGUGUCUGGCGGCCUCCCCGGCGACUGCUUCUGCGUCACGCUUGAUGGCCGUGCAUAGGCCACCCAGUGGUAUCACUGUCUCGGUUCUGCAAGAGGUUGGAGCUAGCAAUCAUGGCAGGAAGAAUAACUAGGGUUUAUUUUGGUA